GGUCACAAGAAGUCUAAACGCUACGAGGAGUUUGUGAUUGUGGAGAGAACAAAGCUACGAGAAGACGUCCGCUUAUGUGAAAGGGCCACUCAGAAAGUCCUGAUGUACUCAAAUAACUUCCUGCAUAAGCGACUAAAAACUGAAGGCCGGCCAUGCAGGAUAGAGCGAACACGCGGCAAGGCCAUACUGGGGAAGCUGCCAGACUUUCCAGACCAUGGUGGACCAGCAUUGCUGCAUGGACAACUGUGUGAUGUUGGCGCUCACUCAUCGUCGUCUGCUCCAAGACUGGCGGUCUCGCGCCCAGCAGGGUCAGGCAGAGGCCCGGAGGGUUCUUGCAGAGAUGCUCACACCAGCUGGUGCCACCCACCUGAAUUGCCACAACUUCAUCUCCAUGGUGACCGGGUGCUCGAGUUCCACAAUCACGAGUGUUCACAGUCGUAUGAUGGAGACGGGCGGCUUGAGGGAGCCACCUGAGCAUGGGCUCAAGAAGUUCUGGCAAGAACACUUCAAGAUGUCUGGGACUAGAUCCGAGCCAAAUGAGGGUGAUAAAGCAGACGACGAAUCUCACGCUCUUGUUGCAGAAAGUAAUCGCAAGAAACAAUCAUAUGUCAAGAAAUCAUCAGCGGGAAAUUCUCAAUCCGUGAACAGUGAAGCUCACAUUCAUGGCUUUCCUGGCAUCACUGAACCUUCAUUGACCAGCGCUCAGCAUCAGCAGUAUAGCUUGCAACAGCAGCAACUUCAGCAGCAGCAGCUUGAGCAUCAAGAACAGCAGCAGCAACAGCAGAUUCUGCUACAUAUGCUAGUGGAACAACACCUGGCUAUGGAACAGAAUGUCAGUGAUCCACAAAUACAGUCUCAGAUCCCAGUUGCAUACCCUGGUGCUGGUCCCCAGUCGACGAUGCUGCCCGUGACUCAUGUCUUGCAACAGGGACAGUUCCAGCUUUACCUGCAACCGCCACCUAAAUACACAGAGAACCAGUCAGCGGCAUUGAAACAGUGGAAUCAGACUGCGGUUGUUACCUUUCCAGUGACAUCACAUCCUGGGACAUCAUUUCCUGUUACCCCAAUGCAAAUGGCAUCACUUCCUGUAUCUUCUUUUCCUGGUUCAUCACUUCCUGUAUCAUCACUUCCUGUGUCGUCAUUUCCUGUAAAUUCACUUCCUGUGACGUCAUUUCCUGUAAACAUAAACCAGUUUUCCAAUCUUCCGCAGCAUAGUAACCAGCAACACAAUAGUGGAAUAAGUUAUUCUAACGUUGUGACAAAUUCUAGACCUGAUAUUUCUACAAAACCAGCCCCAAAUAUUACGCGUAAGCGUCCAACAGAUCUCCCAACUCCAUUAUUCCAAACAGCUGUACCACAUCACCAGUUGUCAUUCAUGCCGCAGCAAAUAAGUACUGGUAAUAAUUCUAUAAAUGAACAAAAACGAUCAGUAGAUACUGCAUGUGGUCAAAGACAACUUCCUUCACAGAUUUUUCAGCAGAUGUCAGUUAAUUCCGGUCUAAGAUAUCAGCUGCAGACUGCCCAGGGAGUUUUCAACAUUGAAUCAGUGGUCCCAGAUAACCACCAUCAUUUAAACGUGCAACAAAAUGAGGCUGAAACUGACGCUAAAACGACUGCAAACCCAGGACCGAGUUUAUCCGAUAUUAACAUGGAAUCUCAAAAUAGUACACACCAGGUUACGUCGUGUAUAUAUAAACCUGUUCCUGUCUUAGACAAAGAGACGGGUACAACACGUAUCAUAUAUGUGCCUGAUAAUUCCGAAAACACUCCUUUCCAACAACAGGUUCUUGAAGUAGUGGCUACUGAGUCAAAUACGAGUGCUAAUAUCCCCCAGGUCAUUCCAGACGUUGAAAGUAACAUUCCUAUAACAGUUCACAUCAACAAUGAUGGAACAUUUACUUUAACGAUGAUUGAAGAUAACGUAAGUCCUCAAAAUCAGUUAAUAUUCACCCAUUUCAACUCUGAGGCAAACAACGCAAGACCGACACCACAAGCCACACCUUCGGAACCCAGAUCCGCUCAGAUGAUUUUACCGAACUCGUCGCAAUCCCUGUCGAGUCCAAAUGGCUCUAGCAUUAACCAAUCCGAGAGUCCUCUUCCGCAAUCGUACCUACAUCCGUCACAGGGAGGUCAUUCCCACUUGGCUCCGCUACAGGGAAGUAACUCUUGCACUGUUACCGUCCCAGUUUUGGCGCAUGCGCAUAGAGUACAGACGAUCGAGCCGACCAAUGUGCCCAAGUUUUUUAAAACAAAUUCUUACGCUGACAUCUCUGUGGAUACCUCGAGUAAAGUGCAACACUCGGUAUUACCGUCACAAGAUGGAAAUACAGGCAUGUCAACGAAAGAACAUUUACACAAGCUGGUGGUUUCCAGGAAAAAGAAACACAGUGGUGGGGAAGAUGGACAGAAGAAAGACGUGAUUGAAAAGGAAUUAGCCAGAAAGUCUAGAAAUGUUAGUGGCGCAUCGAAUUCUUCACGAAAGUCCGUUAUAAUUUCCCAUGUCUCGACAAGAAAGCAUCACGAUUCAGGGACAGAGGCUUUGUACAGACUUCUAGGAGUGGGUACACACUCGCGGCAUGUCAGCGGUAAUUCUGACCUCGGGGACAGGUCACGUAAAUCAAGCGGGAACUCUUUGAUAAGCGAUACAUCGAGCUUGCCAUUUUCAAAUCUGCCGUCCCCGAAUAUAUUUCUUGAUCGGGAGAAGGGAAUUUUCUGCAUACAGUCCGAGGGGGGUGACCAGUGUGAAAUAGAGGCAAGCCCUUAUAUCGAGGAAAUGCUGCGCCUUGCCGAAAUGGAGCCACAUGCGAACUUCCAUGGUCUUAGCGAAAGGUGCAUAUUCAAGCAUAUGGUUCAGAGCAUGAACAACGCCAGCGCUGAUAAUACGACUAAUGUUCAAGCUCAUGAUAGUGAUGGUGGUUGGAGAAUGGCGGAGAACGUUGAAACUGAAACAAGCAAUCUUGUUAUGGAAAAAUCUGGACUGAGUCUAAAUGAAAACAGUUCAAUCCCACAGCUUGUCGAACAGGCGGCAAGCGGUCAGUUAGAGAGUAUGAACACUGUGAAAAGAAAGAACAAGUCAAAUAAUGAGAAAACUACUAAAAAGGCACGACAUAGAAAAAUAUUAGAUUCGAGUAAGGCCAGAAGAAAAUCUAUGGCAAGUCAAGAUCAUUCAACGGUGACCAGGCUUGAUAUAGGGUUUGAACUGAAUGAAACUGGCGAUGAAAUUGUUGUUGAUUCAAGUCAUCUGAAGGCGAAUUAGCACGAUAUAGGAUUGAAACUUUUUAAAACUGGUGCUGGUGUCGUGGAAGUUUCUCAUUCAUGCGGAAAGUUCGGAAGACGAUGUUUCGGAACUUGUUACCGCUGGAGUGGAUGCGAGGAAUCAUGUUAUCAUAGAAUUGUUAUGAUAGAUAUAUUAACGGACCUAUCUCAAUAGCUGUUGGAAUGACUUUACAGAGUUACGGUCACUGUUUCCACGUGCAUUUAAUACUAAAUAGGCACAUCAUUUAUUCAGAUAACUGAUGACAUAUAGUCUGUCAGAAGCAAACUUAUUCACUUAAAGAAAUGCAGUUCAGGUUUAAACAAGGGCUCUUUAAGCACAGUAAAAUCUUUAAAAACGGCUCUUUAAGCGCUGUUAAAAUCUUUGAAAACAAUAUUAAAACUGAGUCCACCGAUUGCAUAGAAAAUCAUUAAAACAAUUGUGUAUACCGGUAACCUGAUUGUAGAAUUGUAUUUUGUUGUUUAUGUUUUGUUUUUCACAAUUUACUGAUAAAUACAUGUUUAAGUAAAUACCUGUUGUAAGAAAUUUAAUGGGCCAGGUUUGGUUUUUAUGUGAACUGUAGGCUCCUGUAGGCUCCUGUACAUUGCGCAAAAUGUCAAGUAUAGGUUUAUCAAAUUUUAAACGAUUUUACCACCUUACAGUUUUAUUUAUAAAAAAAUUAAUAAACUUUGUUUGCAAUAAAUAAAUAUGAUAAACCUAUCGUAAAUUGCUUGUUGUACAAGUACGUUAUUAAAAUUUUUGAUUAAGAAUAUACUAGUA